UCUAGCUUCAGUGAGCUCUUUGAACGGGAGAGCGCAGAGCGAUCCGCGGAUGUUUUUAAGUAGAUUGAGGUUACCUAGCAGUGAAAUUCAAUCCUAUUUACCUGUGACAUACACCCAGUUAGAAAGUACGCCAAGCUAAAGGCCUGAUCCGUUGAAUUUACUUACUGUUAUAUAAUUUAUUUGGUCGAAACAACGAUGUCAGCCAGCUGCGGGCGGAAUCCUCCUCCUUUCCCUGAUAAUGAAGAUCAGGAGGCUGAAUUAGACAGCCGAGUCCUGGACAGCGAUGAGGAUGAUGAAGGGGAGGACAUAUUCACCAGCGCUAGAAGUAAACCGGUCACACCCACGUCUGCUCCUGAUGAGGGUCAUGAGGGUGAUAUCUUCAGUGAGGAGGGCUCUUACAUCAGGAGAGAUGCUCAUCACACCACUAAUGGCCUUCACUCUGAUGAAGAGCUGGAUCUGUUCACUGAGGCCACUGUAGAACUGACACUCACCAACACCACAAGUCAAGGGAGGAGAGAGAUUGUUGGUCCGACUGCAUCGGGUUCCAAACCCACACAUGUUCCUAAUUCCAUACACAAACCUAGCAUUGUCACCAAGACCAUGGAGGAGUUGGAGGAGGAAGAGAGUGGAGAUCAAUUUGAGCUGAACAUUGCAGUCACCAACCCAGAGAAAAUGGGAGAUGGCAUGAACGCCUACAUGUCUUACAAAGUGUCGACUCAGACUACAUUGCCCAUGUUCCGUAAUAAGACGGUCACUGUGCGUCGCCGUUUCAGUGAUUUUCUGGGUCUGUAUGAGAAGCUGUCUGCCAAACACUCCCUGCUGGGCUGCAUCAUCCCACCUCCACCUCAGAAGAGUGUAGUGGGGAUGACUAAAGUGAAAGUAGGGAAGGAGGAUUCAUCUUCAGCAGAGUUUGUGGAGAAAAGACGAGCAGCACUGGAGAGGUAUCUGCAGAGGAUAGUGGCCCAUCCGUCCCUGCUGCAGGAUCCUGAUGUCCGGGAGUUUUUAGAGAGAGAUGAGUUGCCUAGGGCAGUGAAUACUCAGACAUUGAGUGGACCUGGCCUACUAAAGAUGAUAAACAGAGCAUCAGAUGCAGUGAAUAAGAUGACUAUUAAAAUGAACGAAUCAGAUAAUUGGUUUGAGAGUAAGCUACAGGAGGUGGAGAAUGAGGAGCAGUUGUUGAGGAGACUCCAUGCUGCUGUUGACUCAUUUGUAAACCACAGGAAAGAGUUGUGUAGUAAUUCAGCAGUGUUCAGUAAGAGUGUGGCAAUGCUGGGCAGUGUGGAGGAGAACUCUGCCCUGUCUCGUGCGCUGUCACAGCUGGCAGAGGUGGAGGACAAGAUGGAGCAGCUUCAUCAGCAGCAGGCCUUCAGUGAUUUCUUCAUCUUCGCAGAGCUGCUGGCCGACUAUGUCAGACUGUUGGGGGCCAUGAGGUGCUGUUUCGAGCAGAGGAUGAAGGUGUGGCAGCGUCUGCAGGAAGCUCAGAGCACACUGCAGAAGAAACGAGAGGCAGAGGCCAAACUGCUCUGGGCAAACAAACCUGACAAACUGCAGCAGGCUAAAGAUGACAUCAAUGAGUGGGAGUCUAAAGUCAGUCAGUAUGAGAGAGAUUUUGAAAGAGUCACCUGUACGGUGCGCAAAGAAGUGCUGAGGUUUGAGAAAGAGAAAACCAGAGAUUUCAGACAGCAUUUAGUGAAAUACCUAGAGUCUCUUCUUCACACACAGCUUCGGCUGGUGAAGUGCUGGGAGGCCUUCCUGCCGGAGGCCAAAGCCAUUGCCUGAUCAGUGUUCCCUCACACAUUCCUAACCUUUGACCUUAACAGACAAUCAACAUUUCUCUCUUCUUCUUUCCUUUGCUCCCUUCGUUUGUCAAAUAACAUGUAAUUAAUACCUUUCAAUGAUGAUGAAUCGACUAGUUUGUCACUGCUGACAAUUGAAUGUUAAGUGGAAAGGUUAAAGGUCAGAGCAGCCUGAAGCAGGAACAGCAGUGUGUGGGGUGCAGCAAGAAUAUUUGUGUGUGUGUUUAGUGUUAUCUUUAAGGUUUUAAUGGUGCUUUACCUGUGUAGUGUUUUUAAUGGAGACAUUAAACUGCCUUGAAGAUUGAGUCUCAUUCUCUCCUUGUCGUGGAUGUGCACAGGGAUGAGACUGAACACUUGAAGUUCAUAAUCCAUUCUAGAUAAAAAUAGAGAACAUUUUAGAGUACAAACACUAGGGGCACUCCACCCAGCCUGAUACUGCACCACAUUUUUAAAACAGUACCAAACGUUAUGGUAUGAUAUAGAGAACGAAUUACAGAUUAUGAAGGGAAAAUAAUGUUUAGUGAUGUAUGGGGAUGUCUGUUGAAGUAAGCCCCAAAAUAUGUGUUGAUAAUUUUAAUGCCAGUUGGUGAUUUUUGAUGGAUAUUUUAUGUUCUCCACCACAUGCACUAAUCUGGACUGGUCCAGAUAAAGGUGGACAUUUCUAUAUAAAACAAUUCUAUGAACUUGUCAAAAAGUACCCGGUUUAAUGCCUUUUUCGUACUGAGGAUGCUUUUAGCCUUUAACAUUUAAAGUUCUACUGGCAUAUUCAUGUUUUCAUGCUACCUGUAGUAACCAGGGCUGUAACCACUAAGGCACUGAAGGGGACAUGUCAUCAUCCCCAUAUUUAAAGUAGAGGUUGAUCAGGUUUGUAAAAUACCGAUUUGUUUUUUCAUUUUGAAUAUUUGGUUACAUCCUUGGCAGAAACGCAUAAUUUUUUGCAUAUGUAUUGUACUUGUUUAACAGUCCUGUCAAACAUUUGGCCUAUUUGAUGAAAAUAAAUAAAAUAAAAUAAAACAUUAAAAA